AUGUUAAACGUGGCACCGCUUGCAAACCAACAAAAGAUAAAUUUUGCAGUCGUCUCCACUAAGAUCUACGAGGAACAGACUAAUCUGUGGACAUUUACCAAAAAAAUCACUCAUAACGGUGCGCCACAAGUUAGGCUGUCGGUAGCAUGGCUGGUCGACAAUCCACCCGAAAAAUUUUUGCCUGUCUUAAUGCGAUCUUUCUAG